AUGCCUCGUCGCAAGCCAACCCCCAGGAAACGCAAGUCCAAGUGGGAUGAAGAGAGCAUCCUCACCGAUCCAAAGUCCCCGUUGGCAACGGCCGAUCUGAGAUCUGUCCUCGCAAACCCGCUAGCAUGGUCAUCCCUCACCGUCGAGGAGAGGCACGAGGUCCUCGCGCUGUUUCCGGACAUGGCGCACACGCUGGAUGUUGGCACCGAUGACGCGAGACCCGACUUCGCGAGCUUGAUGAACGACGAUGGCUUCCGAGCCGACUGCGCGGCUUAUGUGGAGAAUCUGGCGCAGGGUAGGCACGAUCCGCAGUGGUUAAGAGACGCGUGGGCGGCGCAUGGUCGAAGGAAAGACGGAGAAUUCGACGACUUCCUCGCCGAGAGGUACGAGAGGGACUGGGGGGAGCUUCCGGAGCACAUGAAGCCCCAGAAGGAGAGGAGCGAUGUCGAGACGGCUGCUCCGAAGCGCAAACAGAAUAAAAAGCCUCGGCUCGAGCAGGGGAAGCAAGGAAAGCAAAGCAAGCAAGGCAAGCAAGGCAAGCAAGGCAAGCAAGGCAAGCAAGGAAAGCAAGGGAAGAAAAGGAAGCCAGGGGAUGGGAGACAAGAAGAGGAUGCGACACCACCUCACACGCCAAACAUACCAAACACGCCAAAAACGCCAAACAACCCAAACGCCCCAAUCACCCCCGACACUCCCGCAUCGAUAGGAAACGCGACAAGGGAAGAGGAUGUCAUCUACUGCGGGCUAUGA